AUGUGCUGCAGAAUAGUCACACACUUCAGGGUCCACCUGACCACUGAGUCCUCCUACACUUUACCCCAAUGUCUGGAGAAGACCAAUCAGUCCUCCUACACUUUACCCCAAUGUCUGGAGAAGACCACUGAGUCCUCCUACACUUUACCCCAAAGUCGGGAGAAGACCACUGAGUCCUCCUACACUUUACCCCAAUGUCUGGAGAAGACCACUGAGUCCUCCUACACUUUACCCCAAUGUCUGGAGAAGACAACUGAGUCCUCCUACACUUUACCCCAAUGUCUGGAGAAAACCACUGAGUCCUCCUACACUUUACCCCAAUGUCUGGAGAAGACCACUGAGUCCUCCUACACUUUACCCCAAUGUCUGGAGAAGACCACUGAGUCCUCCUACACUUUACCCCAAUGUCUGGAGAAGACCACUGAGUCCUCCUACACUUUACCCCAAUGUCUGGAGAAGACCACUGAGUCCUCCUACACUUUACCCCAAUGUCUGGAGAAGAUCACUGAGUCCUCCCACACUUUACCCCAAUGUCUGGAGAAGACCACUGAGUCCUCCUACACUUUACCCCAAUGUCUGCAGAAGACCACUGAGUCCUCCUACACUUUACCCCAAUGUCUGCAGAAGACCACUGAGUCCUCCUACACUUUACCCCAAUGUCGGGAGAAGACCACUGAGUCCUCCUACACUUUACCCCAAUGUCUGGAGAAGACCACUGAGUCCUCCUACACUUUAACCCAAUGUCUGGAGAAGACCACUGAGUCCUCCUACACUUUACCCCAAUUUCUGGAGAAGACCACUGAGACCUCCUACAGUUUACCCCAAUGCCGGGAGAAGACCACUGAGUCCUCCUACACUUUACCCCAAUGUCUGCAGAAGACCACUGAGUCCUCCUACACUUUACCCCAAUGUCUGGAGAAGACCACUGAGUCCUCCUACACUUUACCCCAAUGUCUGGAGAAGACCACUGAGUCCUCCUACACUUUACCCCAAUGUCGGGAGAAGACCACUGAGUCCUCCUACACUUUACCCCAAUGUCUGGAGAAGACUACUGAGUCCUCCUACACAUUACCCCAAUGUCUGGAGAAGACCACUGAGUCCUCCUACACUUUACCCCAAUGUCAGGAGAAGACCACUGAGUCCUCCUACACUUUACCCCAAUGUCAGGAGAAGACCACUGAGACCUCCUACACUUUACCCCAAUGUCUGGAGAAGACCACUGAGUCCUCCUACACUUUACCCCAAUGUCUGGAGAAGACCACUGAGUCCUCCUACACUUUACCCCUAUGUCUGGAGAAGACCACUGAGACCUCCUACACUUUACCCCAAUGUCUGGAGAAGAUCACUGAGUCCUCCUACACUUUACCCCAAUGUCAGGAGAAGACCACUGAAUCCUCCUACACUUUACCCCAAUGUCUGGAGAAGACCACUGAGACCUCCUACACUUUACCCCAAUGUCUGGAGAAGAUCACUGAGUCCUCCUACACUUUACCCCAAUGUCUGGAGAAGACCACUGAGACCUCCUACACUUUACCCCAAUGUCUGGAGAAGACCACUGAGACCUCCUACACUUUACCCCAAUGUCUGGAGAAGAUCACUGAGUCCUCCUACACUUUACCCCAAUGUCUGGAGAAGACCACUGAGACCUCCUACACUUUACCCCAAUGUCUGGAGAAGACCACUGAGACCUCCUACACUUUACCCCAAUGUCAGGAGAAGACCACUGAAUCCUCCUACAAUUUACCCCAAUGUCUGGAGAAGACUACUGAGUCCUCCUACACUUUACCCCAAUGUCUGGAGAAGACCACUGAGACCUCCUACACUUUACCCCAAUGUCUGGAGAAGAUCACUGAGUCCUCCUACACUUUACCCCAAUGUCUGGAGAAGAACACUGAGACCUCCUACACUUUACCCCAAUGUCUGGAGAAGACCACUGAGACCUCCUACACUUUACCCCAAUGUCUGGAGAAGAUCACUGAGUCCUCCUACACUUUACCCCAAUGUCUGGAGAAGACCACUGAGACCUCCUACACUUUACCCCAAUGUCUGGAGAAGACCACUGAGACCUCCUACACUUUACCCCAAUGUCAGGAGAAGACCACUGAAUCCUCCUACACUUUACCCCAAUGUCUGGAGAAGACCACUGAGUCCUCCUACACUUUACCCCAAUGUCGGGAGAGGACCACUGAGUCCUCCUACACUUUACCCCAAUGUCUGGAGAAGAGCACUGAGUCCUCCUACACUUUACCCCAAUGUCUGGAGAAGACCACUGAGUCCUCCUACACUUUACCCCAAUGUCUGGAGAAGACCACUGAGUCCUCCUACACUUUACCCCAAGGUCUGGAGAAGACCACUGAGUCCUCCUACACUUUACCCCAAGGUCUGGAGAAGACCACUGAGUCCUCCUACACUUUACCCCAAGGUCUGGAGAAGACCACUGAGUCCUCCUACACUUUACCCCAAUGUCUGGAGAAGACCACUGAGUCCUCCUACACUUUACCCCAAUGUCUGGAGAAGAUCACUGAGUCCUCCUACACUUUACCCCAAUGUCGGGAGAAGACCACUGAGUCCUCCUACACUUUACCCCAAUGUCUGGAGAAGAUCACUGAGUCCUCCUACACUUUACCCCAAUGUCGGGAGAAGACCACUGAGUCCUCCUACACUUUACCCCAAUGUCUGGAGAAGAUCACUGAGUCCUCCUACACUUUAUCCCAAUGUCUGGAGAAGACCACUGAGUCCUCCUACACUUUACCCCAAUGUCUGGAGAAGACCACUGAGUCCUCCUACACUUUACCCCAAUGUCUGGAGAAGACCACUGAGUCCUCCUACACUUUACCCCAAUGUCUGGAGAAGAGCACUGAGUCCUCCUACACUUUACCCCAAUGUCUGGAGAAGACCACUGAGUCCUCCUACACUUUACCCCAAUGUCUGGAGAAGACCACUGAGUCCUCCUACACUUUACCCCAAGGUCUGGAGAAGACCACUGAGUCCUCCUACACUUUACCCCUAUGUCUGGAGAAGACCACUGAGUCCUCCUACACUUUACCCCAAUGUCUGGAGAAGACCACUGAGUCCUCCUACACUUUACCCCAAUGUCUGGAGAAGACCACUGAGUCCUCCUACACUUUACCCCAAGGUCUGGAGAAGACCACUGAGUCCUCCUACACUUUACCCCUAUGUCUGGAGAAGACCACUGAGUCCUCCUACACUUUACCCCAAUGUCUGGAGAAGACCACUGAGUCCUCCUACACUUUACCCCAAUGUCUGGAGAAGAUCACUGAGUCCUCCUACACUUUACCCCAAUGUCUGGAGAAGACCACUGAGUCCUCCUACACUUUACCCCAAUGUCUGGAGAAGAGCACUGAGUCCUCCUACACUUUACCCCAAUGUCUGGAGAAGACCACUGAGUCCUCCUACACUUUACCCCAAUGUCUGGAGAAGACCACUGAGUCCUCCUACACUUUACCCCAAGGUCUGGAGAAGACCACUGAGUCCUCCUACACUUUACCCCUAUGUCUGGAGAAGACCACUGAGUCCUCCUACACUUUACCCCAAUGUCUGGAGAAGACCACUGAGUCCUCCUACACUUUACCCCAAUGUCUGGAGAAGACCACUGAGUCCUCCUACACUUUACCCCAAGGUCUGGAGAAGACCACUGAGUCCUCCUACACUUUACCCCUAUGUCUGGAGAAGACCACUGAGUCCUCCUACACUUUACCCCAAUGUCUGGAGAAGACCACUGAGUCCUCCUACACUUUACCCCAAUGUCUGGAGAAGAUCACUGAGUCCUUCUACACUUUACCCCAAUGUCGGGAGAAGACCACUGAGUCCUCCUACACUUUACCCCAAUGUCUGGAGAAGACCACUGAGUCCUCCUACACUUUACCCCAAUGUCUGGAGAAGACCACUAAGUUCUUACUUCCCAUAACCCUAAUGUCUGCAGAAGAACCCGUGGACCACCUACUCCUUACCCUAGUGUCUGCAGGAGACCGCCAAGUCCUAACCCCAAAGCCUCCAAGAGAUCGCCAAGUUCUUUUUACUUCAUACCCCAAUGUCUGGAGAAGACCACGGGGUCUGGUAAAACCUGCAGCAUCACAUGAAUGA